AUGCUCCGCCCGCCGGCGGAGGCCGCGGGACGCAGGCUGUAUAUGGCCCAGCACCCGCUGUUUGACUACGUCCCCGCGCUCGAGGACGACGUAAGGCAGCCCGAGUAUAUCCGCGUCGCGGGGAAGAGCCGCGCUGACUUGACCAAUGUCUGGAUGGGCACCGCUGGCAGCGGCUCCAACCUCCACUUCGACUCCGCUGAUAACUUGCUUGUCCAGAUCGUCGGCGAGAAGCGCGUCGUCCUCGUCGCACCCCACUUUUCCAAGUGCUUGUACCCGCGCGAGGAGAGGCCCAACGUCUCCCCCGUGCGUGUCGACGCACCCGAUCUCCACGCAUUUCCGCUCUUUCGCAACGUCCACGCCCAGGUCCUCCACCUCCGCCCGGGCGACGCGCUUUACAUCCCGCCCGCCCACUGGCAUUGGGUCCAGUCCAUCACGGCAUCCAUCUCGGUAAACUUUUGGUUCUAA